UACAUUUCCUCACAUCAAAACUACAUACAAUAAUUAUUAUUUAAACACACCAUUUCAUUAUGAGUCCUAUAUCUGCUUCUCUUGUUACAUUGCUACUUUCCAUCAUCACCAUCACCCAUGCAACCACCAUCACCGUAGUCAACAACUGUGACUUCACCGUGUGGGCUGCUGCCGAUCCAGGAGGCGGUCAGCAACUCGCUAAAGGAAACACCUGGGACGUAAACCCAGCACCCGGGACUAAAAUGGCACGUAUUUGGGGUCGUACCGGGUGCAACUUUGAUGGCAAUGGUAAUGGCAAUUGCCAGACUGGAGGCUGUGGAAAACUAGUGUGUGACCCGGGUAAUUGGGGUACUAUCCCAAAGACUCUGUUUGAGUAUGCACUAGCACAACCCAAUAACCCAACCGACACCAUCGAUAUCUCACUAAUUGAAGGCUUCAAUAUCCCUAUCUCCUUCACUCCCACUUCCAACUCCGGUGCACUUGAUGGGAAGUGUCGUACAAUUAGUUGCACGGCUGAUAUUAACGGGCAGUGCCCUCAGAACUGGAAGGUUCCGGGAGGAUGUAACAGUCCUUGCACGACACAAGGGAUCGGAUCGUGUGGUGCUAGUGGUGACUCUACAUUUUACAAGCAAAGGUGCCCUGAUGCUUACAGUUUCCCUGAAGAUGAUCAAAGCAGCACUUUCGCUUGUCCUUCUGGAACUAAUUACAGGCUCACUUUCUGCCCUUGAACGUUGAUGAACAACUAAUAAAGGGUGUCGUAACAUGAGUACAUGAAAUGUUGAAUUAAAGUUAUAGAUUGAUGGAAAUUUAACUAUAUUUGUAAUAAUCUAGAGCUAAAUGUUCUUAUAAGUUUGGCUCUGAAAUUCUGUAUUUUCAGCUGAAAAUAAUAAAAUGAUCAUAAUAAUAAUAUGUAUUGUUGUGCUUA